GAGCGUUAUUAUGUUCAAUCAUUCAUUCCUCUGGACUCUGGAAGAUUUCAGAUUAUGGUCAUUAACUUUCGUCUUUCCUCGAUAGAAACAACAAAUUUCGUAUCCAUAGAAGCUUUAAAAGGAUGUAGAAUGUAUACAAAUGGUUUAGGCAUCGAAAGUUUAUUAAUAUUAUUCAUUUCAUCCGAUGAUAAUAAGAUGACGGUGCCAGCGACAAGUCACAAUGUUUGUUUCCAAACAAGAAGAUUAUGACGAAAAUGUUUAUAACUGUAAUUGAAAUUUCUAAUAAUGGGUGCUGCCCCUUCUGAUCAAAACGCUGCAUCUCAGUCACCAACAACUCACUUACGAUGGACAAGUGAUGAAAGAAAAAGACGCUUUCCAAAAUUGAUAAACCUUCGGAGAAGGCUCUUGCGUAGUCGUGGUCCGUAUCGUACUUUGGAUCAUGGCAAAGUACUCAAGGAUCUUAUUGAGAACUGGAGCACACAAGAAAUCACUGAGCUUGUGGACGAGUAUGAGGCCCUUAUUGCUCAAAAGGACUCCAUAACACAGAGUAGUAUCUGCCGUCAACCAGUGUCCUCACUCAAAAAAGACUUCCAAGAAUUACUGGAAAAUGCCUAUUGUUCAGAUGUUGUGUUGCUUUACAGCGGUUCGAGAUUUCAUGCAAACAAAGCUAUUCUCUCUGCCAGGUGUUCCUAUUUCAAGGAUAUGUUCAGUGAUGAGAGUAACCAACCACUAACAUACUCAGUUGAUAUACCAGUUGAAGAGAUAUCAACAGGAAUGUUUGCGUCGUUGCUUCAAUACCUCUAUACUGGAGAUUUUCUCAGCCAGAAUUCUGGUCUUGAUAGUUUGGAACUCCUUAUUCAACUUGGUGAUGAUUUUGGUACCCCAAAUGUUUUGGAACAAGAUCUUAAAUGUCUUCUUUACAAUGCUGAUCAUUCUGACACAUUGUUGGUUUUCCAAGGGUUCAACCUUUCGGAGUUACCUGUUGAUAGCUCUGUAACUGAAACUUGUUUUGAAGUGCCAUGCCAUAAAGCAGUAUUAUGCGCCCGUUCACCUUAUUUUAGGUCACUUUUACUAAAGAAAGACAGUAGUUUUCCUGUGUUAAAUGAAAGUGGUGUUCUUAAGCUACUUUUAGAUGAGCGGGUUUUUCCGCGCCAGUAUGCAAGAGUCGUACUACAGUGUAUGUACACAGACUCCUUUGACCUGUCAGCAGUGGUGAAAUGGACAUCAGAGGAAGAAAGAGGUCAUGGCUUGGAGACCCAUAAGCUUCUUACCACUGCAGAGGUUGCUAUGGAAGUGUUUGAAGUUGCAAGGUUUAUUGACUUUGAUCUUCUUGCACAAGGCUGUGAGGACAUCAUAGUGGAAGAGCUGUCACCUGCCUCACUGCUGGUUACGCUAGAGUGGAGUGCAAAGCCCCAUGGCUCUCAAUGGGUGGCCAAACAAGCAGAACAGUACUUACUUGAGGAGUUCACCACCAUCAUGCGCAGUGAGGUGUUCACAAAGAUACCCAAGCUCUAUCUUCAGAGGGCCAUUCAAUCAGACUUCAUUCAAGCCUGUGAACAAGACAUUCUUGCUGCUGUUAUCAGAUGGGGAGAGAGUCAGGUUGCUCAGAGAAUGACAGCACUACAAGAUUCAGUCAUCAUGGAUGGAAAAAGAAGUGUGAAAAUCAAGGACAUUGAUAACAAAGCCUUGAAAAGAGAGUUAGCUGGUCUGGUUGAACAUGUUCGAGUCCAGCACAUUAUCCCUCCUCAGUGUGAGGUCUUGGAAAAUGCCCUAGCAAGAGGAUUAAUCAAACAGGGGAUGCCUCUCGAUAUUGGACAAGGGAGCUUCUAUCCUCGUUGCCCCUGGAUGAGGCGUAAAAAUGACAAGGACUUUACCAGACCAAGGUUGUUUCUCCCCUAUUACCAAGAGGCUAAAAGCAUUUUACAAGAGCGACAAGAUGCUGAGCUGGAUCUCAUCCAGCAGAGAAUGUUGCACAUGGGGAAAAGCAUCCCUGAUACUCUAUACAUGGUCAGCAACUCUAAGCGCAAGUUCUCCUAUGGAUCUUCUGGCCCUUCUUCUAACGCCCCGUCCUCAUUUGAUUUCCAAGCUCAGAGAUUUUCAAGAAAGAUGCCUGGAACAUACUGUAGGGUUCAAAGAUCUAACUCUAUACCAUUAGGGGAGGGUGUGUCUUCUAACCCAAGGAUGUUGCCAGAGCCGUAUGGCCUCCCUGAUAUUGCAGCUGAGGUGCUGAUAUAUGACCCUGAUGAAGAGCCUGCUGCUGUGUCCAGUAAUGACUUCCCGGAGGUGUCCAGCUCUCCUGGUCCGAUCCCAGAUGUUGCUGCAUCACUAUCUUCGUCACCUAUCCCACCAGAUGACAUGGUGCAGCUAGAUCGUAUACUUGGUUACCUCAACAGAGAGCCUGGCCCCUCCCCACAAUGAGCUUGCGUGCUAGCAUCGUGACAGGGAAUCUUAUCAGAGCAUGUUCCUUGAUCUCAGUGGACACUUUUAUUGUAGAGAGGUCAUUGUACCAGACAAAUCGUGAGUAGUAGGGACUGAAUGUGUAGAGAGGUCAUUGUACAAGACAAGUCAUGAGUAGAAGGGACUGGAUGUGUAGAGAGGUCAUUGUACAAGACAAGUCAUGAGUAGAAGGGACUGGAUGUGUAGGGAGGUCAUUGUACAAGACAAGUCACGAGUAGAAGGAACUGGAUGUGUAGAAAGGUCAUUGUACAAGACAAGUCAUGAGUAGAAGGGACUGGAUGUGUAUAGAGGUCAUUGUACAAGACAAGUCAUGAGUAGAAGGGACUGGAUGUGUAGGGAGGUCAUUGUACAAGACAAGUCAUGAGUAGAAGGGACUGGAUGUGUAUAGAGGUCAUUGUACAAGACAAGUCAUGAGUAGAAGGGACUGGAUGUGUAGAGAGGUCAUUGUACAAGACAAGUCAUGAGUAGAAGGGACUGGAUGUGUAGAGAGGUCAUUGUACAAGACAAGUCAUGAGUAGAAGGGACUGGAUGUGUAGAGAGGUCAAUGUACAAGACAAGUCAUGAGUAGAAGGGACUGGAUGUGUAGAGAGGUCAUUGUACAAGACAAGUCAUGCGUAGAAGGGACUGGAUGUGUAGAGAGGUCAAUGUACAAGACAAGUCAUGAGUAGAAGGGACUGGAUGUGUAGAGAGGACAUUGUACAAGACAAGUCAUGAGUAGAAUGGACUGGAUGUGUAGAGAGGACAUUGUACAAGACAAGUCAUGAGUAGAAGGGACUGGAUGUGUAGAGAGGUCAUUGUGCAAGACAAGUCAUGAGUAGAAGGGUCUGGAUGUGUUGCGAGGUCAUUGUACAAGACAAGUCAUGAGUAGAAGGGACUGGAUGUGUAGAGAGGACAUUGUACAAGACAAGUCAUGAGUAGAAGGGACUGGAUGUGUAGAGAGGUCAUUGUACAAGACAAGUCAUGAGUAGAAGGGACUGGAUGUAUAGAGAGGUCAUUGUACAAGACAAGUCAUGAGUAGAAGGGACUGGAUGUAUAGAGAGGUCAUUGUACAAGACAAGUCAUGAGUAGAAGGGACUGGAUGUGUAGAGAGGUCAUUGUACAAGACAAGUCAUGAGUAGAAGGGACUGGAUGUGUAGAGAGGUCAUUGUACAAGACAAGUCAUGCGUAGAAGGGACUGGAUGUGUAGAGAGGUCAAUGUACAAGACAAGUCAUGAGUAGAAGGGACUGGAUGUGUAGAGAGGACAUUGUACAAGACAAGUCAUGAGUAGAAUGGACUGGAUGUGUAGAGAGGACAUUGUACAAGACAAGUCAUGAGUAGAAGGGACUGGAUGUGUAGAGAGGUCAUUGUGCAAGACAAGUCAUGAGUAGAAGGGUCUGGAUGUGUUGCGAGGUCAUUGUACAAGACAAGUCAUGAGUAGAAGGGACUGGAUGUGUAGAGAGGUCAUUGUACAAGACAAGUCAUGAGUAGAAGGGACUGGAUGUAUAGAGAGGUCAUUGUACAAGACAAGUCAUGAGUAGAAGGGACUGGAUGUGUAGAGAGGUCAUUGUACAAGACAAGUCAUGAGUAGAAGGGACUGGAUGUGUAGAGAGGUCAUUGUACAAGACAAGUCAUGAGUAGAAGGGACUGGAUGUGUAGAGAGGACAUUGUACAAGACAAGUCAUGAGUAGAAGGGACUGGAUGUGUAGAGAGGUCAUUGUACAAGACAAGUCAUGAGUAGAAGGGACUGGAUGUGUAGAGAGGUCAUUGUACAAGACAAGUCAUGAGUAGAAGGGACUGGAUGUGUAGAGAGGUCAAUGUACAAGACAAGUCAUGAGUAGACGGGACUGGAUGUGUAGAGAGGACAUUGUACAAGACAAGUCAUGAGUAGAAGGGACUGGAUGUGUAGAGAGGACAUUGUACAAGACAAGUCAUGAGUAGAAGGGACUGGAUGUGUAGAGAGGACAUUGUACAAGACAAGUCAUGAGUAGAAGGGACUGGAUGUGUAGAGAGGUCAUUGUACAAGACAAGUCAUGAGUAGAAGGGUCUGGAUGUGUUGCGAGGUCAUUGUACAAGACAAGUCAUGAGUAGAAGGGACUGGAUGUGUAGAGAGGUCAUUGUACAAGACAAGUCAUGAGUAGAAGGGACUGGAUGUAUAGAGAGGUCAUUGUACAAGACAAGUCAUGAGUAGAAGGGACUGGAUGUGUAGAGAGGUCAAUGUACAAGACAAGUCAUGAGUAGAAGGGACUGGAUGUGUAGAGAAGUCAUUGUACAAGACAAGUCAUGAGUAGAGGGUACUGGAUGUGUAGAGAGGUCAAUGUACAAGACAAGUCAUGAGUAGAAGGGACUGGAUGUGUUGCGAGAUCAUUGUACAAGACAAGUCAUGAGUAGAGGGUACUGGAUGUGUAGGGAGGUCAUUGUACAAGACAAGUCAUGAGUAGAAGGGACUGGAUGUGUAGAGAGGACAUUGUACAAGACAAGUCAUGAGUAGAAGGGACUGGAUGUGUAGAGAGGACAUUGUACAAGACAAGUCAUGAGUAGAAGGGACUGGAUGUGUUGCGAGAUCAUUGUACAAGACAAGUCGAGUAGAAGGGUCUGGAUGUGUUGCGAGGUCAUUGUACAAGACAAGUUAUGAGUAGAAGGGACUGGAUGUGUAGAGAGGUCAUUGUAGAAGACAAGUCAUGAGUAGAAGGGACUGGAUGUGUAGAGAGGUCAUUGUAGAAGACAAGUCAUGAGUAGAAGGGACUGGAUGUGUAGAUUGGUCAUUGUACAAGACAUGAGUAGAAGGGACUGGAUGUAUAGAGAGGUCAUUGUACAAGACAAGUCAUGAGUAGAAGGGACUGGAUGUGUAGAGAGGACAUUGUACAAGACAAGUCAUGAGUAGAAGGGACUGGAUGUAUAGAGAGGUCAUUGUACAAGACAAGUCAUGAGUAGAAGGGUCUGGAUGUGUUGCGAGGUCAUUGUACAAGACAAGUCAUGAGUAGAAGGGACUGGAUGUGUAGAGAGGUCAUUGUACAAGACAAGUCAUGAGUAGAAGGGACUGGAUGUGUAGAGAGUUCAUUGUACAAGACAAGUCAUGAGUAGAAGGGACUGGAUGUAUAGAGAGCUCAUUGUACAAGACAAGUCAUGAGUAGAAGGGACUGGAUGUGUAGAGAGGUCAUUGUACAAGACAAGUCAUGAGUAGAAGGGACUGGAUGUGUAAGGGAAAUCAUUGUACAAAAAGUCGUAUGUAUUGGAUGUAUAGAGCAUGCUAAGUACAUUCUUCUCAGUGCCUCCCUGCCUGAAAAAAAAAAAGACAAAAGGGAGAAUACCACCCAAAUGAAUUUACGAAUUCUAGGAAAUACCACCAUUCUGUAUCUAUGACACUCUGCGUAAUGUGACCCUGAGAAUUACGUGACACUAAGUAUUGUGUUAUACUAGGUAUUGCGUGACAUCGGUCUUUGCCUGUGACUGAGCUUAUGACACCAAUUGCAGGGUGAAACGAAUUGCUCAGUGACAUACUAAGUGUUAUUUGGUAAAAUGAUGUGAUUUGACAAAAUUAAAGAAAUAAAUAACAGUU